AUGUGGAUUGAGCCGAAGGAGUUGCUGUUGCCGUCGACGUUUUGGAUUGCCGAAAUGUACUCCAGGUACUUCGUGCUACAGAAACGUCGCGGCCACGGCGAGUCGCGCGGCUUUGGGUCCAUGCUGGUGGGCACCUACGACAGUGUUUGGAACACCAAGCCGGCUCCGUAUCGCAUUGUACACCGGACACCGUCCUCGGAAGUUUCUUACGAAAUCGCCAUUGGAAUAACGCAGGAUGAGAUUGCAAAGGACUGGGAAUGGCUGCAGGCGAACCUCUUCAAUGUGCUCAACGAAAUGGAGAACGAGGACGAGGUUACAAACUUUACUAUAUGCAAAAUCAAAUCGCUCUACACACAAAAUAAUCAAGAUGAAACUGGCGAAACGGCCGACUUCAAGGUGAUGACCUCUCAGUUUAGAAAAACCUUCAAAAUGCCGGAGGAAGAGCGUCUGGUCAACUCCUACUCGGCCACAUAUGUGAAGAAUAAGAUACCGCGUCAGGGUCAGCUAUACAUCUCUUUGAAUCACGUCUGCUUCUACUCGUAUAUGCUGGGUCAUGAGGUCAAGAGGAUAAUACGCUUUGCCGAGCUGGAGGACAUCAGUCGGAAUGCAAAUACGAUUUACUUGAAGACCACGAACAAUAUGACAUACAAUUUUACGCUGAUCUUCAAUGCCGGCGAGGCGCAUCUGCUGAUCGAGCAGCUCAACAAAAUGGCCAUACAACAGCUGAUCCAGGAUCCAGAGAGUCCAGUGGUCGAUCAUGAUCCGUCGAACUUUGCCCGACUGGGCGCUAAAUCAUCGAAGAAACCGGUUCUGCUCAGGGAUCUGACAGCCCGCCAGAAGUCCGAGGAGUUUCGCAUUUAUUUCCGCUUACCCCAAACGGAGAUAAUCGAUGGGAAGAUCAAGGCAAACAUUUGGACACCCUACUCGAAACGGUUUAAUGCUGGCUACAUAUAUUUGUCGCCCAAUUUCUUUUGCUUCCGCAGCGAUGUCAAGGACUUGGUUAGUGUGGUCAUACCCAUGAAAACAAUAAAGAGUGUGGAGAAGAAGGACGAUGGGCAGCAGCGUUUUGACAAUCAAAUUGUCAUCAUCACGUCGGAGAAUGUGCCUUUCAUGUUUGCCCAGAUCGUCGAUAGAGAGGUGCUGAUAUCAAAAAUAACAGAUCUACUCUCCCGCAUUCAUGUUCCCGUGAGUCGGGAACGUGCCAAGUACGACAUCUCCUGGAGCAAGCAGACAGCCUUGAUGAACACAUUCAAGACACAGUUCAGUUCUGACAUAAUCAGGAAUCAGGAGGAGAAGAUGGUGCGUUGGGAGGCGCAUUUCCGUGACUUUGGACGCGGCAUUGGCAUGUUCCGCACCACCGAUGUCAUAAAUCUCAUUGUGGAGGGCAUUCCGGACCAGUUGCGUCAGGAGAUUUGGUUGAUAUUCUCCGGUGCCAUUCACGACAAGGAAAUGAAUCCCGGAUUGUACGAGGAUCUGGUGGAGAAGGCUGCCUGCAUUAAGGAUUGCUUUGCUCACGACGAAAUCGACAGGGAUCUGCCCCGUUCACUGCCCGAGCAUCCGGCAUUCCAGAGCACAGACGGCAUUGGCGCACUGAGGCGCGUCCUGCAAGCCUAUGCCCUGCGCAAUCCGCAGGUGGGUUACUGCCAGGCCAUGAACAUUGUCUCGUCGGUAUUCCUGCUGUUCUGCGACGAAGAGAACGCCUUCUGGAUGCUGGCCAGCCUGUGCGAGAACCUCUUGCCGGACUACUACAAGGACAAGGUGGUGGGGGCACAGAUUGAUCAGGGCGUGCUCAAUGAACUGGUCGAAACUCAUCUGGCCGAUCUGCACGAGCAUCUGGAGCAGCUGGGCGUCAUCAAAAUGAUCUCCAUUUCGUGGUUCCUCACCAUCUUCAUGAGCGUGAUCAGCUACGAGAGCUCGCUACACAUACUCGACUGUUUCUUCUACGAGGGCGCCAAGAUCAUUUUUAUGGUGGCUUUGCAGAUCAUCGAAUGGAAUCGCGACAAGCUGCUCAAGUGCCAGGACGAUGGCGAGGCCAUGCUGGUGCUGCAAAACUAUCUGGAGGGCAUUUACAAUCCCGACUAUCAAGUGCCGCCCUCCACUGACAAACGCAAGAUGGAACGCUCACAGACGCAAACUGUGCAGACCCUCAUCCACGAGGCGUACACAAAAUUCGGCGAGGAACUGACCCAGCAGCGCAUCGAGGAGCUGCGCAACAAGCACCGACGCCUGACCAUGCGUCAGUUUGACAUUGACAACGAGAAGACCAUUGUCAAGGCCUAUUUACAGAAUCCCUAUUUCGAUCGAAACGAGCUGCACAUGCUGCUCACCAUCAUCCGAGAGGAAAAACACGCGUUGAAGUCCAUGCAGCAGCAGCAGAAGGCACAAUGUUCGCUGUCGGAGACGCCGCAGCUGCUGCAUCAUCAAUCGCCCACCAGGGUACCGAAUGACCCUGUCCCUGGUGGCAGUAAUGGCAGAUACGAGGCCUACUGGGUCAACUAUGAGGUAUUCCACACACUCUUCACAGAGCUAACUCCCUGGCGGAAGUGUGUCAGCGUGGACCUUGGCGAAAAGUUGUUCAGGCUCACAGACAAGAAGGGUACUGGAUAUCUGGAUUUUGGACAGCUUAUCAAUGCCCUGGGCUUGGUUUGCUCCUCCAAGAGCAUGGAGAAAUUGAAAUUGCUUUAUGUGUUGCAUUUGCCGCCUCUGUUAUCCAAGGCGGAAAUCGAACGAUCACGUCGUCCGCGUCCACGGACCAAAGAUGAUGCCGAGGAGGCCUUUGAGGCGGAAGAUUUCUUUGACGACGAUGCUUCAGAGUCCAUGGAGGCUUUGCCCUCGCCCUCGGAUCAUCAAUUUGAUGCCGAUGACUAUGCUCUGAUCAGUGCCACACAGCAUUUGCAUAAUCUGGCGGGUAUAUCGGGCAAUACGUUCAUGGAUCUAUCGCGCAACACGCCCAAUUUGUCGCUGAAUUCCAACACCUCCUCGCUGGCGCAGCGCAAUUCAACAUUCUAUGUGGAUCUGCCAGCAGCAGCACUCCCGGGUACUACUACUGCUACUGCAACACGCUCCGAUGCUGGGCGGGAUGACGACGGCCAAGAGUUCGGCCUACGCCAGCAGGGACGUUACGAAUCGAUUGACACAUUUUCGGAUAUUUCAGAUCUGGGAGCGGCACGAAUGACUCCGCCGCCGGGAGCGACUGCUGGAGCAGCCUCAGCUUCCGCUGCUGCUGCUGCUGCAGCCGAUAAAAUGCUUCUGAAUGUCGAGACUAUAUCGAAUUUCUCACAGAUCAGUGACCUGGUUGCUGCCACGCGACUGGAUCGUGCCGACUCGAAUGCCACGGAUUCGAGAAGCCUGGGCAGCCUCGGCUAUCUGCUCGACCAGCCCGAUGAGGGGGCCUCGGGCUCGCAUCAGACCAUUCCGCAUUUGCGCAAGGAGAACUUCCAGCUGCUGUGGCGCAGCAUCAUCGAGAUCAUGGGCUGUGUGCAGGACGAGGAGAUGCGAAUGGCAUAUGAGAAUCUGCUGGAGCUGGGAAACAGCAACAUCAAAAAGGAACCCAGCCUAGAGAGCUUUACCCAACUCAAUUUGGGCGGCAGCGGCGAUGAGCAACCGGAUAGCAAUGGCAACCCCACAACGCCCGCAGCAGAGCACAGCAGCACCACCCGUCUAUUUGUGGCACUCGAGGAGGAGCUCCGUCAGGCCGGCGGGAAGGCCAGCAGCAGCAGGGAUAGCAGCAGUAGCAGCACAAACACCUCCGAGGCCUGGCACAUAUCCAUCAAUCAAUUUAUAGCCACGGUUCUCACCGUGAAUACCAUUGUACAAGGUUUCCAAACACCCAUCCAAAUAACCGAACAGGUCGAACAGCUCCAGAAGAAGCGACGCAAAUGUCUAUCCACCAAUUACUAAAUACCAGCCCCGCCAUCAGUCCCGUCCCCCGCCCCAUCCCAGUACAAUAAUCCCCGCUACCAAAUCCUAGCCGGAAAUCUGUAUUAACUCCCCCUCCGCUCGAUCUAUCUACCCUUGUGCAAUGUGGUAAGCUUUUAAUCGUAUCCAUGUUUUGUGUAUGUAUAUUGUACUCGUAUUGCCUCUACCUUAAAUUAAGACAAUUGUUUGUGAAUAUAAUUCUAUUAUUCCUAUUAUCAAAAA